CAUCUGUUUAUUUUUUUAAUUCUUAAUAUUUUCUUAGCUGUUGUGUUUUCAGAAGACACACUUGUUACGCUUCCAAAUGGAAAAAUAAAUGGUCGGGAGGCGAAAACGUUUAAAAACACUACGUUUUUUGCUUUUCAAGAAGUACCUUAUGCUGCUCCACCAUUAGGAAACCUUCGUUUUAAGGCACCGGCCCCAAUGGGGAAUUGGGAGGGAGUACUCGACACUACAAAAAAUACAAAAAUAUGCGUGCAAGGUAGUGCUGGUGUAAUGCAAGAUGAGGACUGUUUGUAUUUAAAUGUGUACACGCCCGUGACUCCCGGCACUGAAGCCAAAUUGCCCGUAUUAGUUUUUAUACACGGAGGAGGAUUUAUACGUGGUAGCGGCGUAUACGGUGGUUAUGGUCCAGAAUUUUUUAUGGACACGGGGAGACUUGUUGUGGUCACCAUUAACUAUAGACUAGGACCCUUUGGAUUCUUAUCAACGGAGGAUGACAUCAUUCCAGGAAAUUAUGGCUUGAAAGAUCAACGCUUUGCGUUGCAAUGGGUUCAAGACAAUAUUCAUUUGUUUGGUGGAGAUCCCUUAAAGGUUACCAUAGAUGGUCAGAGUGCAGGAUCUGCUUCAGUGUCUUACCAUGUUUUAAGCAAUCAGUCAAAAGGACUAUUUAGAGCUGCUAUUCACGAGAGUGGUACUGUUCUAACAUCCUGGGGUUACCAGAGGUACGCAAGAGACAUAGCUUAUAAAACUGCUGCAGCAUUGGACAGCUCAAUCACGAAUAGCAAUAGUUCAGCAGAGGUCCUAGAAGUCUUACAAAAAGUAACCGCUAGGGAGCUUCAAGAUGCUGCCAAUAUCAUACCGGUACCCACGAAGCACAUAAAUCCAGGAUAUAUAUUUGCUCCUGUUGUGGAAAGCGGCGAUGAUGCCUUCUUCACAGAACUUGCUUAUGAAGCUGUAGAGAAAGGCAAUAUUAACAAAGUAAAAAUGAUAGUAGGGAUGAACUCAGAGGAAUGGAUAGCACGGGUCUCUAGUUUGGAUUUUUUUAAACAAGUAUUGGCAGGCUACGACCAAGAUCUAACUCAAAUCGUUAAUGACGAUUUUCAUAUACAAAACGAGAGUUUGCAGCUUACCAUUGCCAAGAAAAUUAGGGAUAUUUAUACAGAAGGACUAUUCCAAGACGAUCUGGGUUCAUCACUUAGGUUUAUGAGCGACUGUCGAUACACUGCGAAUAUAAUCAAAUACGCCCAAAUCGUGUCACAGUUUGCUGAUGUUUACUUUUAUCAAUUUUCUUACGACGGCGAAUUAGGAGGUGGCAACCUGAAGAUAUCGGGGGCAGAAAGUGUGGGUCACUCAGAGGAACUACAGUAUUUGUGGAGAACCAAUAGGAAUGACGAUAUAGAAAAAUUUGCAGAAGCUGAUGUUUUAACGCAUAAGCGAAUCCUUAAACUAUGGACGAAUUUUGUCACGGACUUGAAUCCCACUCCUGAGGCAGACGAGUUGUUACAAAAUAUAUCUUGGCCAGUAGUCGAAUCCAACAAUUUCCAGUACCUGGACAUCCGCGAGGAUUUGACAGUGAAGAUAAAUCCCAAAGAGAAAGUUUUUGAAUCAUGGGACAACAUUUAUCAAACUAUUGAAAUGUCGAACAAAUAUUGCUUAAUAUAUUUCAUUCUACAUACGAGUACAUAUUUCUUAUUUGUGUUUUCAGAAGAGUCUAUUAUAACAAUUUCCAAUGGACAGAUAAAAGGCAGAGUUGCAAAGACCUUCAAAAAUUCCACCUUUUACGCGUUUCAAGAGAUACCAUAUGCUGCACCACCUGUCGGAAGUUUGAGAUUUAAACCUCCAAUUCCAGUAAAUAAUUGGGAUGGAAUAUUAGACACGACAAAAAAUACAAAAAUCUGUAUCCAAGCAGGCGGUACAAAUACCAUGCAAAAUGAAGAUUGUUUAUAUUUGAAUGUAUAUACGCCUGUGAUUCCAGAUUCAGAUGAGAAACUCCCUGUAUUAUUUUUCAUUCAUGGUGGAAAAUUCUUAUCGGGUGAUGGAAUUUACACUGCAUAUGGUCCAGAUUUUUUCAUGGAUACACAAAAAUUGGUUGUGGUGGUUAUUAAUUAUCGACUUGGACCUUUUGGAUUUUUGUCCACUGAAGAUGAAGUAAUUCCUGGAAAUAAUGGAUUAAAAGAUCAACGCUUUGCAUUGCAAUGGGUUCAAGAAAACAUCCAAUUCUUCGGAGGUGACCCGUCACAGGUUACUCUAGUUGGUCAAAGUGCAGGAUCUGCUUCAGUUUCAUAUCACGUCCAGAGUAAGAAAUCUACUGGCUUAUUUAGAGCUGCUAUAUGUGAAAGUGGUACGGUCCUAACUCCGUGGUCUUAUCAAAGGUACGCUAGAGACAUCGCCUACCAAACCGCAGCAGCUAUCGACAAUUCUUUUACAACAAAGAAUACCUCACAGGAACUGUUGACUCUUUUGCAAGGAGUAUCCGCUAAGGAGUUACAAGCUGUUGCAGCUGAUCAAAUAUCUGUACCCUCUAAACAUAUAAACACAGGAUUUAUAUUUGCUCCAGUUAUAGAAUCUGGGGAAGAUGCUGUAGCAACAGAUCUUUCAUAUGAAAUAUUAGAAAGGGGUGAAAUCAAUAAAGUGCCAAUGAUUAUAGGAAUGAAUUCAGAGGAAGCCAUAACUCAAGUUAACAGUUUGGGAUCGUUUAAAAAAGUAAUGAGAACUUACGACAAUGAUCUCACUAUUAUCGUUAACGAUGACUUGCAUGUAGAUGAAGCUACUACUCAACUUACAAUUGGUGAAAGUAUUAGAAAGAUUUAUACAGAUGGUCUGUUUCAAGAUGACUUGGCUUCGUCAGUCAGGUUUAUUAGUGACAGCAGAUAUUCUAUGAAUAUUAUAAAAUAUGCUCAAAUUAUUUCAAAUUUCACAGAAGUUUAUUUUUACCAGUUUUCAUACGAUGGGGAAUUGGGAAACGUUGAUUCGUAUAUUGACGGAGCUGAGAGUGUAGCGCAUUCAGAGGAACUUCAGUAUCUUUGGAGAAACUCGAGAAAUGAUGAUAUAGAACAGUUUUCUGAGGCUGAUGUUCUUACUCACAAACGAUUGAUCAAGAUGUGGACGAAUUUCGCAACGCGAUUGAAUCCUACGUUCGAGAGUGACGAACUGCUAGAAAAUAUAACAUGGCCACAGGUUGCAUCCAAUAACUUUCAAUAUCUGGAUAUCCGCGAGGAAUUAACAGUGAAGACAAAUCCUAAAGGAAAUGUUUUUACACCGUGGGAUACUAUUUUUACAGAAUAUGCUGUUCGACCAUAUGAUACAUAUUAAAACACUAUAACUGUUAAACAUAUAGUAACAAUAAUAAAAUGGAUGGGUUGUUAAACUAAAA